CACACAUAGAAAGACGAUAGCUGCUGGCAGAUGAGACGUUAGAUACUACAUUUGGAUAAACACAUGUAUUCUCCCCUCAGUGAAUUCAUUCAUGUAGUAGUACUUCGACAAACAUGACACAUCGACGGCAUGAAUAGAAUACAAGCAUACUUUAAAGUACAGAAGAAUUAGCACAGACAGUGGAUGGAUGAGCAUCAUAUCAUCCAUCAUAUCGUUUUAUUCUAUUCAACCAUUCCAUUAGCAAGAAUCAUCAGAAAGCAUUUCAAUGGAUUCUAAUAAGAAAACGCUGCAGCCGUCCCUCGUCCAUGGUGGUUCAUCGCUCUCAUGUUCACAGAUGGAAUAUUUCAUAGUUGACCCGUUUAGGGCUUUGGAAAUACGGCUUUGUCAAUUACGGUUUUGGCCAUGAUCAGUCCGUCUCGGCCGCGGCAUGUGGUCUGGGCUCUACUGGUUGAGCAGAAGGUGGCGGGAAAGGUAUCGUAGUCUAAUGUCAUGUCCCGUAACAUCCCUGAUGCCGGAACAGCAACCAUGGCACCCACCUCAGCAAAAAGGCUGGUGUCAUGUCAGAGAUGAGGAAUGAAGGAAAGUUUGAACAAUAAUAAUAAUAAUUAAUAAUAAUAAUUAAUAACAAUAAUAAUAAUAAUGAUGUUUGAAAUAAAGCCACACUCAGCUCUCCGUGAACAUUUACCGACCCAUGGCAUCUGAUUGGAUAAGUGCAGCAGGUGUACCUAAUGUUGUGUCGGCCUGAGACAGGAAACGUCCUCCAUCAUGAGGUUGAGUCACCGGCCGUCACGUGUUUGCUUCCUGCGGUCCCUGCUGUCGGAGUGUCUUGUCUGCGUGACACGGAGGAUGUCGGAAGGAAUGCAUGGCAUGCUCCCUGUUUGCUGAGACCACGCAGGACUCGCUCAUGUGGACUCUUCUGGUCUUUGCGGCCAUGUUGGACGGGGUGCGGUCCCGUCCCCCUGAGCCCACUAUCCCAGACCGUGUCCUCGCUGUGGCGGGUUCAUGCGUGCUGGUCCCCUGCUCCUUCACCCCCGGGGCCUCCUCCCGCCCGCCGUCCAGGAAGGAGCGUGUGGACGUCCGCAUGCGUUACCGAGCCAGCGGAGACUUCGUGUUCCGCCAAAGCCGCACGGCGUUCAACAGCGAGGACGCACAACAAAUCAGCGGGGACUUCCGGGGCCGGACGUCUCUGACGGGUCAGGUUUUGGAGGGAGACUGCUCCCUAAAGGUGGACAGGCUUAGCGUGGACGACAUGAGGGUCUACGAGGUGUCUCUGAAGACAAGUGGGGACUCAUCUUGGGGGAGGGCCAGGUCCUUCACCCUGGUUGUAGCAGUCACCCCGGAGGCUCCCGUUAUCAGCGGCGUGUCGUCGGCCGAGGAGGGACAGGAGGUCACCUUGAACUGCAGCGUCAGCUACCGCUGCCCCGCCACGCCUCCAACCCUGCACUGGCGGUGGGAGCGGGGCGUGCAUCCACUCGGGGCUCAGGAGGUCCGGACUCUCCAGCCAGACGCCCCCUUGCCGGUGUUGCAGGCUUCGCUGACCUUCAGGGUGUCGCACCGGGUCAAGGCUGGCCUGCGAUGUGAGCUUAGCUAUGCGGGAAGCAAAACGGUGGUCGCCGUCAAGGAUCUGCGUGUUACAUUUCCACCCAGAGAUGUGACGGUGCAGGUGCGCACCCUGAGCGUGCAGGAGGGGGGCAGUGCCCUGCUGGCCUGCUCCUGUAAGGCCGACCCGCCGGCAUCGGCCUAUCGCUGGUCCUACACCCAACACGGCCGCACGGUGCACCCGGGCCAGAGCACCCACACCAUCCGCUUGUACAACGUGACGCGGGACACGGCCGUCCGCUGUUCGGUGGAGAACCCGCUCGGCCGCGCCGAGUCUCGGCCCACUCUCCUCAACGUUCAAUAUAAGCCCGUCAUCCAGAGGACGUCUUCCGUGUGCAUCGUGGAGCGGCGGGAGUUGUCGUGCCGCUGCUCGGCGGACUCCAACCCGCAACCCGUCCUCACUUGGAACAUCAAUGGCACAGCCCUGCCCCCGGACUACAAUGCGUCCCUCACCGCCGACAUGCUCACGUCGACUCUGAGGGGCCGCGUGGACGGGCCCCAGACGGUCACCUGCUUGGCGCUCAACGGCCUUGGGAACGAUUCGCUGACGCUGUUGCAGCGCGGGCAAAGACCAGACACCCUCCUGCUGUUGUGCCUUGUGGUCCCCGCUGCGGCCAUCUUGGCGAGCUUCGUCCUCUCUGCGCUGGUUUUCUUCUCCUGCAGGAAGAAGGCUGGAAAACACGGCCUGACUAGACGUCCCGUCCCAGGAGGAUCAGGCCUCCAUCAGGAGCGCAUGCCCCUCUACAUCAACUGCACGGAGGUCACCCACGUGUACACCAAUGGCAGCUACCAGCUGGUCUACCAGAACUGCACGCCUCACUUUGUGCACACCACGCAGGUCCGUCCAAUGGGCAGAAGAGGUGGCGAACGCAGGAGGGGGGGUCGGGGUGGACGUGUCCAUGCAGCGGAGACCAACAGGGAGGUGCAGAGCGCUGCUACCGCUGAUCCUGAGUCAGCCAUCUACCUAGAGGUCCUCUAGUCUGAACUCUGAAUGCGUGUUGGGCCUUCACCGUCAUCUUCUUCACGUGAUAGAAGGGAUGAGGAGGUUUGGAGGUCACGUGGUCUUACAUGACAGUUCUCCAUGGCGCCUCUCCAGGCUCAUGCACAUGGCCUUUGUGACGACCUUGGAUGUUCCUCUGGAGGACGUACGCAAUGAAAGCUUCAUUACAUUUUUCAGCAAAGCUUCCUGGCGAAAGGCAGUGCUUGGACACGCGUUCUUAUUCUUAUAUAAUCAUAAUAUUUCAUAUAUAUGAUAUAAUCAUGUGCGCACUACUUCAUUGAAUUCAAUCAGCACAUUUAAAUAAAGUCAAGAAAAAAUGAAGAUGAUGAAUUCAUGCCCAUACAUUUUCAAAUGAAAGCUAUUUGUAAAUAUUAGUGCUCUUGGCCAGAAACCGUCACGAACCAGCCCAUACUUAUUUCCACUUGGACGUGGGUGACAUUUUAUGCUCUCGUUUGUGAGUCUGUCUGGCUUUCCAUGUAACACUUUUUCUUCUUCAUCUUGUCAUCAUUUCAAAUGUUUGA